AUGGUUUUCCAAGGUUUUGGUGUCCGUCAUUUCCAAGCCAUAAUGACGUUUUUCUGUAUGGGGUUGUCGUAUGCCCUGCGGCUCAACCUGUCUGUGGCUAUUGUAGCCAUGACAGACACAAUGUUCCGACCUGGUUUACCGGUUCUUCAAUGGGACAGUGCUAAGAAGGGACUUAUCCUCAGUUCCCUAUUUUGGGGUUAUAUGGUGCCUCAGAUACCUAUGGGCGAGGUCGCCAGAAAGUACGGCUCGAAAUAUCCUCUCUUUGCCGCUACGUUGUUCUGCUCAAUUAUGACAAUCUUGAGUCCUUACAUUGCUCUCAACUUUAGCUGGGUCGUCUUCUGCUUCAACAGAUUACUACAAGGAUUAGCACAAGACCACGGAUGUCAAGUCGGCACCAUGUCAACCAUGCUUGUAGCAGGGUACCUGGCCGCCAGUCCGUGGGGCUGGCCUAGUAUCUUCUACUGUACCGGACUGUGCGGUGUAUUGUGGUCUGCGGUCUGGCUGUUUGUAGGCGCCGACUCUCCGGACUCCCACCCUUCCAUCAGUGAUCAUGAGCGUGAAUAUAUAAAAUCCUCUCUUAUCAACAAUUCUGACAAUAGCAGCUCAAUGCCGACCCCUUGGAAGGCUGUGGUGACGUCACGUCCAGUUUGGGCUCUGGUUCUUUGUCACUUUUGCUACAACUGGGGAUAUUGGACAAUUGCAACGAUGUUGCCAAGCUACAUCAGCAAAGUACUUCGUUUUGACAUACAAAACAACGGACUGGUGUCUGCCGUGAGUUUUUUGAUUAAGUGCAUUCUCUCGGGCGUAUUCGCAGUUAUUGGUGACGCUGUACUUGAGAAAAACUUAGUAUCGAAUAAUCGCGCGAAGAAAAUAUGGAAUACAAUUGGCCUGUGGGGAGGGGCCGCUGCUUUUAUAGGUUUAAAGUUUACUUCUGACUCCACGACAGCGAUGAUCGUAUUGACCAUCACGUUCGCCAGUGGCGCUGCCAUUUACAACGGCUUCCUCUCGAACCACCCCUGGACCUGGCGCCGAACUUUGAUGUCAAGUCGGCACCAUGUCAACCAUGCUUGUAGCAGGGUACCUGGCCGCCGUAGUCCGUGGGGCUGCCUAGUAUCUUCUACUGUACCGGACUGUGCGGUGUAUUGUGGGUCUGCGGUCUGGCUGUUUGUAGGCGCCGACUCUCCGGACUCCCACCCUUCCAUCAGUGAUCAUGAGCGUGAAUAUAUAAAAUCCUCUCUUAUCAACAAUUCUGACAAUAGCAGCUCAAUGCCGACCCCUUGGAAGGCUGUGGUGACGUCACGUCCAGUUUGGGCUCUGGUUCUUUGUCACUUUUGCUACAACUGGGGAUAUUGGACAAUUGCAACGAUGUUGCCAAGCUACAUCAGCAAAGUACUUCGUUUUGACAUACAAAACAACGGACUGGUGUCUGCCGUGAGUUUUUUGAUUAAGUGCAUUCUCUCGGGCGUAUUCGCAGUUAUUGGUGACGCUGUACUUGAGAAAAACUUAGUAUCGAAUAAUCGCGCGAAGAAAAUAUGGAAUACAAUUGGCCUGUGGGGAGGGGCCGCUGCUUUUAUAGGUUUAAAGUUUACUUCUGACUCCACGACAGCGAUGAUCGUAUUGACCAUCACGAUCGCCAGUGGCGCUGCCAUUUACAACGGCUUCCUCUCGAACCACCUGGACCUGGCGCCGAACUUUGCCGGUCUUCUGAUGGGGAUCUCCUGUACUGUCUCCAACUCGACCGCUAUAUUUGCUCCGAUGGCUGCUGGUUUCAUUGUUAAAGACCAGGUAAAAAUACAUCAUAGAUGAAUUUCAUCACCUCUUAUUACAGCAGAUCUGAAAAAUAGUAACAGACUGUUUCAAAUUGGAAUAAAAAACACAUUUGUUCAAUUGCCUCAUUUCAUUUGAUUAUCAAGAGGCUCGAAGAAUCU